AUGGCCGACCAGCUUGCCGCGCCCCUCCUAAAAAUGUACAACCCCGAUUCUCAGAUCAAGACCCCCAACCUCGAUGCGCUAGCCGCGAAGUCGGUCCAAUUUGACUCGGCCUAUUGCCCUUCUCCUCUCUGCGCACCCUCUCGCAUGAGCAUGAUCACGGGCCUUCUACCUCUCAAGAUUGGAGCGUAUGACAACGCGGCGCAGAUUUCGAGCGACAUCCCCACCUACGCCCACUAUCUUCGGCUCGCUGGCUACCAGACGGUGCUCGCGGGCAAAAUGCACUUCAUUGGUGACCAGCUUCACGGUUACGAGACACGCCUUACUUCAGACAUCUACCCAGGUGACUUUGGCUGGGUCGUGAACUGGGACGAGCCCGACACGCGCCUGGAGUGGUACCACAAUGCGAGCUCGAUCUUGCAAGCGGGCACCUGCAUUAGGAGCAACCAGCUAGAUUACGAUGAAGAGGUCAUGUACAAAUCGACCCAGUUUCUCUACGACCACGUGCGAGAGGGUCCGGAUGCCCGACCCUUCUGCCUUACCGUAUCCCUCACCCACCCCCACGACCCUUACACGAUUGAGGAAAAGUACUGGGAUCUGUACGAAGGCGUUGACAUUGACCUACCUCAGGUCAAAAUCCCAAAGGACCAGCAGGACCCUCACAGCAAGCGCCUGCUCAGGGUGUGCGACCUUUGGGACGAGGACUUUAGCGACGAGCAGAUCAAGAGGGCCAGGCGGGCUUACUACGGAGCCGUCAGCUACGUCGACGACUGCAUUGGCCGCCUUCUUGACACUCUCAAGCGCUGCCGGUUAGAUGAGAACACCAUUGUCGUCUUUAGCGGCGACCAUGGUGACAUGCUGGGCGAGCGCGGCCUCUGGUAUAAGAUGAGCUACUUCGAGAACUCGGUUCGCGUGCCACUUCUCGUCUGCGAUCCCAAGAAUUACGCACCCCGCCGCGUCACUUCGAACGUGUCGACUCUCGACAUCCUACCCACGAUGUGCGACCUUGCAGGUACCAAGCCUCUCGACGGCCUUAGCCUCGACGGCAAGUCUUUGCUCCCCCACCUGCAAGGCAGGCCUGGGCACGACAAGGUGUACGGCGAGUACACGGGCGAGGGCACGAUUAGCCCUCUCAUCAUGAUCAAGGAUGGGCCCUGGAAGUACAUUCACUGCCCGACGGACGGUACGCAGCUCUUCAACCUUGCGCGUGACCCGCUAGAGCUGGUCAACCUCGCGCAGCUCCUGCAGAAAGUCGAGCCCCGCACGUCUGAGGAGGAGGAGGCCAAGGUGAAGCUUGACGAGUUCGAUGCUGAGACGGCGGCGCGAUGGGACUUUGAGGCGGCAUCCAAAGUGGUUGUGGAGUCGCAGAGGAAGAGGCGUCUUGUGUGGUCGGCACUCAAGAUCGGUCAGUUCACGAGCUGGGAUUACGACCCGAUCGAUCCCGGAACCGAGAAAUAUAUCCGCUCGCACAUUCCUCUUGAUGACCUAGAGCGCAGGGCUCGAUACCCCGCCGUGGACAAGUAUGGACAUGAAACCGCGAGGGUUCUUGUCGAUCAAGCCGGAUCACACGGCCAAAUGGCGUCUCUCAACCUAUCUUCGGAUGAGAUCAAGGUGCUGGAGUCGGUGAGACAGCAGCUAGCGCAGGUGGUUAGCAGCUUGCAAAAGUUCCAGGAGGAUUUGCACAAGGGGAACCCUUUGCCUCCCGCCCUCGACGAACAUCAUCCUCACGAACCUCUCUACGGUGACGAUCACGAUGGGCAAAAACACAUCUCUGUUGGAACGGAUCGCAGUGCACCCGUCGACCAACUUCCCGGGGCGGCAGCACGAGGCGAUACUCUUGCAGCUGCUGCGCAAGAAGCCGGAGCCGGCGGUGGAGACGCUUCUAGACGAGGGGCGGCAGCUGUCGCAGAGCUUAGGGGCGACGGGGGCGCGAGCAAGGCGGCGGCGUGGACGGCGCAGAGGGCGCUGUGGCGGUGGGCGCAGGAAUACUGCGAUGGGAGGAUCGCGCAUUACGCGCAAGAGGAGACGCUGCAGGUGUACACGGCGGAGGAGAGGGCGUCGGGGGUGGAGAAUGUGAGGACGGGCUUGAGGGCGAGCCUGGAGGAUGACGAGGACGACGAGGACGAGGACGGAGAUGACGAUGAGGAGGACGACGAGGAUGACGAUAAUGAUGGCCGGAGGGGUGGAGAGGGAGGGGAAAAGGACGCCAAGACCCGGGCGGCGGACGCCAAGGAGGCGGCGAGGGUCGCGAGGGAGAAGGAGGAGGCCAAGGCGAGGAGGGCGGCGGGGAUGAAGCUGGCGCGGAAUAUGGUGGUGGGCAGGUUCGAGACGCCGCCGAACGCGGAUUGGGAGGCGAAGAGGAAGAUGAUCGGGGCGGGGAUAGGGAUGGCGAGGGCCCCGGGGAGGUGA